UUAUAUAUUGACCAAAAUCUUGACUUUAAUAAUUCACAUGAAGUAUAAAUAGUUUAUUUUAAAAUAUAUCUCAGGUGAGGGAGAUGCGCUUAAUUGUUUUUUUUGUUUUUUUUAGAAUAAAAGUAUGACUUAAAAUGACUCAAUUUACCAUAAUGCAACAGUUUAGAGGUUUCCGCCUGCGCGAAUAGGUUUGCUGUUUGGUAAGAUUUUGAGAUAUUAAGAUAUAUAAGAGUUGGUUAAAAUAAAAUAAGUAAAUAGAUAAAAAAAAAAAAAAAAUGUAAAAAUGAAUGGUCUGUUUAGAAACCAGCGUGACUACUUUUUCGGGCGGCGGGGUCCUGACGUGCUGGUGCUCUCCGAAGUUUCCCAGUAAAGUUGAGUUGAUGUCAGAACCGGUCGGUGUGAUAGAACCGGUCUGGUGUCAGGGCUUCAUUGUUCCUGUUCAUACACACAGAAAGCUCGCGUGUGUGGUGUUUGAGUCAUGCCGCGGGUGAGCUGGGGAUCAGUAGCACUGCUGUUAGUGCUGUGUGUGGGGAAAUGGAGUGGAGUCUCCGGCGCUUUCACACAGUCUCUGGACAGCGACUUCACCUUCACUCUUCCUCCCGGACACAAGGACUGUUUCUACCAAACCAUGAAGAAAGACGCUUCGCUGGAAAUUGAGUAUCAGGUCCUGGAUGGUGCAGGACUGGACGUGGAUUUCUACCUGUCGUCUCCCAGUGGUCACAUUCUGGCUUCUGACUUCAGGAAGUCUGAUGGAGUUCAUACGGUCGAGACCGAGGAGGCGGGCGACUACAUGUUCUGCUUCGACAACAGCUUCAGCACGGUGUCCGAGAAGAUCAUAUUCUUCGAACUCAUCCUGGACAACAUGGACGACCAAGAAGAUCCGGAGAACUGGAAGGAGUACGUGCAGGGCGCCGACUUGCUGGACAUGAAGCUGGAAGACAUCAUGGACACGAUAAACAGCGUGAAGGCCCGGUUAGGGAAGAGUCUGCAGAUCCAGACGCUUCUGAAGGCCUUCGAGGCUCGUGACCGCAACCUGCAGGAGAGCAACUUCGAGCGCGUCAACAUCUGGUCUUUCACCAGUGUGGUGGUGAUGCUGGUGGUGUCCUGCCUGCAGGUCUACCUGCUGCGCAGCCUCUUCGAAGACAAGAGCAAAACGCGCACGUAACCCCUGUCCAACAUCCGGGGGGGGGAUCCAGGGACUGAAAAGAGAUCUGUGUUUUCCUCCGCUCUCUCUCCAUCAUCAAACUGUUCUCUCACUCUCCUUAGCCUAUUCUGCCUAUUCAUGCUGAGCCAAGAACACACUGGUUUGCUUUUCCAGCCUAUCAAAAAGAAGAACCUAUUUUUUAAACAAAAAUAUAACUGAUGUUGUUACAGUUUCUUAGAAAGUCAUUUUAAAGUAAAUUUAAUGAACACUGAUUGUAGAACUGAUCGUAGAAGUCAGGCACUGUUGCAUAUUUACACUGAUUAGAGUUUAUAUAUCUGUUUUUUCUCUCUUUAGACCCCCAGUAGGAUGAAAUCUGCGUUUUUAUUUUAAUGGUUUGUUCUAGCGAAACAAAAACCAGCCUUUCUGUCAGGUGCCAAAACUUCAAGCUGCCUCGUUUGUUCUGUAAUAUAUCCCGUCUAAUGUAGAUAUGAUAGCCGAAGAUCAUUUCUCACAUUUCUGCUUACAAGAAAACACAGGGCCGUGGAUCAAUCGGCAGUGCUGCUUCUUCAGGAACGCCUCCCGACACUCGCAGACGAUCCCAGAGGGCUGUUUUUGGCCCGGAAUUAGUGGAGUAAAGGGAUUUUUCGGCGUUGCUAGAAAUCAGCACAGCCCAGAAGAGCUGAUCACAUGACCCACAGCCCAGCUCGGGGUGCAGCAGCGUGACAGCGACUCUGGAAUUCCCAACGUGACUGGGAGCGAUUUAUAGAAAGACAUUUGUGAGUCGUGGUUACGAGAGAAGUCCAGCUGAUGUGCACGCUCCUCCCGAGCCGAGUGAGCGGUCAGGUGAUGAACAGCUCCUUCUUUCGUGUAUGGAAGACAAAUAUUUUCAUUCAACAUGAAGGAUUAUUUAUUGGGUUAUCAAACAUUGUAGCUACGAACAAGCAGCAUCGAAAGUUCACAAACGCAUCAAAUCGUGCUCGAGCUCAUUCUGUACAUUUCCAGCUGCUUACAAAAUCAGCAUUUACAGAACCCUCAGGAAAUUUAUUACAAAGUAUAGAACAGAAAUUACUUCCUAAAUAUAUAUAUAUUGAGCAAUAAUAUAAAUAGUGCUCUAUAUUACAGGUGUGCGCAAGACUUUAUUUUGCUCCUGCAGUUAAUUUAUCUGCCAGCAGGGGGUAACGGUGACGAGAAGACGUCCUUUAUACGUGAUUGCAGCAUGCACACCUCUAGUCUAGUUUGGAAACAUUUUCUAGAAAAUGUCCAGGAUUCGACUUUGCCUUGGUGAUGUUUCAUUAAUAUGAUUGCAGUGAAAUAUGAUCUGUGCCAAUACUGAGAUUUGUGUCAUAAUGGAGUUUAAAAUCCAAGUUCAUACAGAAAUCAAUAAAAUUGUAAUUAUAAUUAAAAAA